UUUACUUGUAUUUAUAUACCAUUUUCUUUGCUUGACUGUUGGCACCACCGCGGAAAUUAGAAAUCAGUGGAGUUUUAUCAACUUCAGUCUUUAUGUAAACAAAGUUAAGACCGAAGACUAGCUCCGAAUGUAAUCUGUUUUAGGCGCAUUGCGUCUAACAAUUGUCAACGUUGGAGAAUAAUUUGUGACUUUCGUGUGUGCGCUUUGCUAGCUCUAUAGACGACAAUUUUAACUAUACUCUGAUAACCAGUUUCCUUUUGUUGACUAUUUCUUCUCUUUCUGGUGAUUAGAAGUUAGCCCGUUUUGAAGUAUAUCGUGCCCACUUCCUAACUCUUAAUGUUUUCUCGAUAAUUUACAUUUUGUGAAACCCGUACAUCUACUACCAUAUGUACUUAUAUGUUGGAUUACAUCGCUGUUUGUUAAUACUGCUGGAGGCGUAAGCCUGGAAGUUUUAAAAGUCGAACGGAAACAGCGAACACGGAAUCGUCGGAAAUCUGCCGAUUGAAAGAAGUCAAAUCAGACGGGAAUAAGAGAUCUUGACGUCGUUGUUUAAACAAGCCUGAUUGAUUUGCACAACUAUGGUGGACCACUUAGUCAAUAGCGAAGCAAAUAAGCAUCGGAUACAGCGAAUCGAAAAUGCCUUCGGAACAGCCGGCGUUCCCUUAUUGAAACAAGGACGUGUUCUUUUGGGCGAGGGCGUCCUGAAUAAAAUGUGCAAGAAAAAGCUUAAGCCGAGGCAGUUCUUCCUUUUCAACGAUAUUCUAGUGUACGGAAACGUGGUGAUAGGAAGUAAAAAGUUCCGACAAUAUAACAAGCAACGAAUUAUUCCCCUGGAAGAAGUCAAAUUGGAGGGUAUUGACGAUGACGCAAGCUUGCAUUUUGGAUGGUACAUAUGCAGCCGAGCGAAGUCGUUUGCUGUGUACGCUACAACGGAAAUUGAGAAGCAGCAGUGGGUGGAUCAUAUAAGCCGAGCCGUGCGAGAGCACAUUCGAGAAGGAAAUAUUCGCGCUCCGCACACAUACGCUGCAACAAUGGUUCCUGAUAGUGAAGCAAAAGUUUGUAUGCACUGCAAAAAGACCCAAUUUACUUUUGUUAAUCGAAGGCACCACUGCCGGAAAUGUGGUCUGGUAGUGUGCGGCAAUUGUUCCAAUCAGCGGGCAAUUAUUGUUGACCAGGGCGAUAAACCACAACGAGUUUGCGCAGCGUGUGCAGUGGAACUGAAGCGUGAUGGAGAACAGCGAAAUUCCAUUGUGAAAGAAUAUGGCAGCGGUAACAACAGCACGAUUGCUGAUUCGCCUGACGAUUCCGACGAUGGUGGCCGCUAUUCUCCCAGUGAUCUUUCCGACGAAACUGGGAACCAGACAAAUUUUUACGAUACAAAUAAUCGAAAUGAUGAAGAUCAUGGUCAAAAAAUAUGAGCUCUUUACAUGAUUUUUCUUUUUUGCCUUUUUAUGGUUUUAAUUGUAACUAGUACAUGUAUGUUUCCCCUUAUGACGAUUUCACUCAGUAUUUUAUUGCAGAACAGUGAAAUUUUUCUUCCUGUGCACGUUUUAACCGUUGAUCUUUUACCGUUGCCUUUUUUAUUUUUACAACUUUUCAUGUAUAAAUUUGUGUGCAUUGCACGAAAUUGUAUGUCAGAUGAAUUUUAUACAAAAGUG